GAUGCAACUGCAACAACAACAACAACAACUUUGUUACAUUCAACGGCCAGACUUUGACAGAGACGGACAAACUCUCAUUGGGUCCUGUUGGGCACUUUGUUUUCCACAUUCGGCGUCCAGCAUGUCCCAGCAAAGAGGAAUGUGAACCAAACAAACAAACAAAAAAACAAAACUUUCGGGGUGUCGUCUGCUCUUCCGUGUGUGCGUCAGUUAUUUUUUGGUAGGGGUUCCUUGGCGAAAUAAUAAAAAUUGCAAGUGUAUCGGAUGACUUUUCGUGAGCAGUGCCGUCGUCGACUAGUACACCGUGAAUUGGAUAUAGGCGCAGAAAGUGCUCCCCCCCAACCCGCGAUCUAUUGUGUUGGUUUUUUAGUUGGCAACUCCGCCCCGGCAGCAACUUAAUCCGCCGGCGAUAUGACAACAACAAGAAGAAGGAGAUCAGGAGCCAAUAAGGAGGAGGAGGACGCGAGACAACAUCAGAGACCGUGUUGCUGUUGUUCCUCCUCGACGGCGGUGGUUUUAAUGGACGGUGGCAACUUGAUCCAUCACCGCCAACCCAUUACCACCACCAGCAGCGCUCGCUCUCUACUGCUCCUACCGCUCCUUCUUUUGCUCCUCACUCUACUUGAAGCAGCCGAGUCGAUUCGACUGGAACAUGUGGAAGUGCCGAGCGUCGUUGCCGUGGGCGAGCCGGCCGCUUUCCUUUGCGACGUCGACCUGGAAUUUGACAACGAACUCUACUCCGUCAAGUGGUACAAAGACAGCGAGGAAUUCUACGAGUGGAAGCCGAAGAGGACGCCUUCCGUUCAGAUUUAUCCCGUCGAGGGCAUCCAAGUUGACAGGGAACGGUCGGUCAGAGAGGCGGUGGUUCUGCGCUCGGUGACUCCAGCAACGGCGGGAUUCUUCCGAUGCGAGGCCUCGGGCGAAGGGCCGGCCUUUCGAUCCGUUUCGGGAGGUGCGGCUCUGUCGGUCGUCAUUUUACCAAAGAAAAAACCGGAAAUCUUUGGCGGCUACGUCAUCAACGAGCAAGACGGAACGGUGGAACUCAACUGCACGACGGAUCCCUCACGGCCGGCCGCCCAGAUCCGGUGGCUCAUCAACAACGUGCCAGUCAAUCCGGAACUGAUCCAGGAGACCAGCGUCAGCCGGACGUCGUCCGGAUUGGAGACGAGUUUCUCCGUUCUGGAACUGCAGUCGCGCGAUCAUUUCCCGCGUUCCGGCAAGUCGUCAGGAUCCACCAAGGGCAGUUCCAGCAGCAACACGGCGACGGUGACGUGCGAGGCCGCCAUCCCUUACUCGACUCAAAAGGCAGCGGCCGCACCGUCCAUGUCUUCCGUCACCUACUGGUCCACCCUGUCAUCUUCGUCCACCUACUCCAACGGCGGAAGCAACGCCGUGGCGGAAUCGGCGCACCAGUUCCAGAGGCGGAUCGCAUCCGACAGCCACCAGCACGGCGAGCGAAUAUUCCGCAGCCGCCACGUCGCCAGCGCCGAAACUCUUCAAUCGCUGACUCUACGAACGGAAAUUUUAAUUUACGUCAACUCUGGAAGGUGGGCGAUGGGUUCGAUCCUGACGCUCUUCACAGCUCUGAUGACGUCCUAUUGUCUUAGUUAAAAUCAAAUAUAAUUAGUUCACCUGUUUCACAUAUAAAUACAUUUACUCUGAUUUCACACCCGAUCAAAAACUUAAAAAACUAAAAAAAAAACUAAAAACAUUUCCCCCUUUUUUAAAAAAUACAUUUGCACUCUGUGGUGUCGACACUCACAUUACAUAGACGUUGAUACUUUAUUGGCCGUGUUUACACCGGGAACAUUUAUCCCCCUCCCCCACCCACCUCUCUCGUUCCUGGGUUGUUUGUUGUGUUGCACCUCCUCCAUCCAAUUUGUUCGCCCCGUCAAGCGAAAGAAAAGGAAAUAAUAAUCCCACCCGAUAGACCCCGUAUAUCGGUAUACAUCACACAAUAAUAAUAAUAACACAGUCGAUAAAAAUAUCUAAACAAAUUCCCUUCUCCUUUUUCUUUCGCUCGCCCAGUUGCACCGCAAUCCUCCCCUCUAUUCUUCUCUAUUUGUCGAUUAUUUGUUGUGCGCAUCCUUCUCUUCUGUAUAGGCCUAUACAUACACACACUACGUAUCAUAAUAAUAAUAAUGCUAUCAACAAGAAAAGUGGAAAGUGAAUUCAAAAAAAGAAAAGAAAAGAAAGAGGAGACAGGUGGAUACCGUUUGCUGUAUUUCACGCGCACGGUCUAGCUGUUGUGUUGUUAUUAUAGAGUCCCGGUUUUUUCGGCGGAAUCACCAUCCAUCUCUCUCUCUGCAUGUUAUCCCAUUGUAUAAAUCACUCGUCCAGCAGCUGGGAGGAGGGCUGAAACGAAGAAGAUUGGAGCUCCUCGCUCUCUCUUUCCUGGAGAAAAGAAGAAGAUACACACACAUAUAUAAAAAUGGGGAAUAGAAGGAAAAACUUUGUGUAGGUGGGUGGGUGGGAGGUGAUAAAUACUCUACACACACAUACCCAUCUGAUAUUAGAUCUACUAUACAUAAUAGAAUCGCUCUCGGCAAAUAUUCCGAUCCUGAAUUAAAGAAAGAAAUGCGGGGAAUAAAAGAAGGAAAGAAAACGUUUCAGACGCUAUAUAUCUAGAAGGAAACAUAUUAUUGAUCAUUUGAUUUCCAAGGUUGUGUGUUACAUCAUCCGAGCCCGGCGUAGGCGUCCGGUAAAUAAAUAUUUCGCCCGUUUUAUUUUCAAAAUUUUCAAUCGGCAACCCUGUGUGGGAGGAUGACUAUGUAAUAAUAAUAAUAAUAAACAUUUCGUCUACUUU